AGGAAGGAUCUUUGGCAUAAAGAUACCAGAUUAUUAGAGAGAGAAAGGGGCAAGGCAAAACCAACUCCUAAAAAGUGGAAUAAGUAUCUCGAAGAUUCUCCAUACGCCCGCCAGCUGCAGAGGGGGUUCGAUUCCCGUUAUACGCGAUGUGGCAAAAAAACGGAUUCAACAAGAUAUGCCUUGCCUGCAUUAAGAUUUAAAACUUGUCGUCUACUUUUAGGAAAUGUUCGGAACAGAGAACUUACAAUAAUACAACGCCGCAUUCUCCGAAAAUUGAGAAACAAGAGGAGAUCUAUUAAGAGAAAGAUUUAUCCGAGAGAAAAUCUUAACAGUUACAUACAAUCACAAACUACACGAAAGUUGCCCCUUUUUCAUGGGGAUUUACCCAUCACAGAGAUGCACAGAGGAAGAGAACGAACUAAUUAUAUCCCUUUUCCACUCAAUCCAGAAACAAGAUCGGACGUUAUUCCGGUUCGUCUCCAUUUUAGUUCAACUCUUCCUCAAGCAAGGCAGCCGAUAAGUCAUCGAAGGGUUUGUGUGAAUAAAGGAAUGGUCCCGAUUACUCAUUUUAAAGUGUCCCACGGUGAUCUAAUAUCUUUGAAAGAAAAUGACGCGAGAAUCCGCGGUGAAGAAAUAAGGAGAUCUUUCUAUAUCGAAAUCUCAGUUGAAAAAAUCAUAGGCAAAUUCCUAGAUCACCCGGUAAGAAUGUGGAGAAGAACUAAAACAGAAUGGUUCCACCUACUCAAAACUAAGAGGGGAUGCCGCCUACUACUAAAAUCCAGGUUUUUGCAACAGUUGCGUUCUUCUAUGCAAGAAUCAGACUUAGAAAGAAGAAAGAAGUUGUUUGGAUCGGAUAAAGUAUGCUUAGGCUGUUCCUUCGCUGAGCACAACAGAAUGAAGAGGAAUUUGUAUCAUUUUCAAUCCCUAUUCUUAUCGAAUAGAAGGAAGGAGAAAAACCGAAAUCUUCCUACUCGAAGAAUCAGUCCUAUAGUUUACAACUCUUCCUUAUAUAGUAAUUAUACCUAUUGCUCCGCAUCCCCCCAUCAGUUUACUAUGAAGAGCAAAAUCAAAAGGAUCGAACUACCUACUCAUUAUUCGGAGGUGAAUCAUAGAACACUAAAAGCUGUGGUAUCUUAUGGACCUAAGAUAGGGCACAUCCCUCACGACAUAAGAUUGAAAGAUCCAAACCUUCCUCUUCGGAGCGCAAACGGCCGUGGCCAAAACAUAUAAAGAUCGGCUCGCUCGGACAUAUCUAUCCGUCUCGAGUCUCGUCUAGAUCGAUUCAUAGAUCGAUUUCUAUCCAUAUGUAGCGGUAUCGCCGUGGAUAGAGAUAAAGAUAGGGAUCCAUCUAGAUCUUGAUUCACUAUUUGAUUGAUUGCCUUUUUCAACAAGUUUUCAAUCUUAAUGUAGGCAAGGAAAGAGAGUUUGUCUAUUAUUACUUGCAGGAUCGGAGCGUAUACGAGCGAGCAGAGCCCAGGUAACGGGUAAGCCCGUUAUAGAGCAGUCGACUAUCAGUAUCAGAUGGCCUAAUUUCUCUUCUUUCUUUUUUCUUUCGGGUUUCUUUCUUCUUUCAGGGGCCCAUAACGCUAAAAGGUGGGGGAGAAGCAAGCCGAACCUCUGAUCGACCUGGAAACAUAACAAAUUCUCGGCGUCGAGAGAGAUUUGAGAUUGAUUCCGUAAGUAACUCAGCGAGUGCUUUCUAAGAGGGGCUUGACUUGGAAGAAGAAAAUGAAAUACGAACAACCGCGCUGGUCGUAAUAGAUCCACUUUCACGCUAGUUCUUGCUCCAGCAUGAAAGUUCCAUUUCAGGGAAGGACGACGUACCAUGAUACUUUCCGUUUUGUCGAGCCCAGCUUUGGUCUCUUGUUUGAUGGUUGUAGGUGCUAGAAAUCCGGUACAUUCCGUUUUGUUUCCCAUCCCAGUCUUUUGCAACACUUCAGGUUUACUUCUUUUGUUAAGUCUUGACUUCUUCGCUAUGAUCUUCCCAGUAGUUCAUAUAGGAGCUAUAGCCGUUUCAUUCCUAUUCGUUGUUAUGAUGUUCCAUAUUCAAAUAGCGGAGAUUCACGAAUCAGUCUUGCGCUAUUUACCAGUGAGUGGUAUUAUUGGACUGAUCUUUUGGUGGGAAAUGUUCUUCAUUUUAGAUAAUGAAACCAUUCCGUUACUACCAACCCAAAGAAAUACGACCUCUCUCAGAUAUACGGUUUAUGCCGAAAAGGUACGAAGUUGGACUAAUUUGGAAACAUUGGGCAAUUUACUUUAUACCUACUAUUCCGUCUGGUUUUUGCUUUCUAGUCUGAUUUUAUUAGUAGCCAUGAUUGGCGCUAUAGUACUGACUAUGCAUAGGACUACUAAGGUGAAAAGACAGGAUCUAUUCCGACGAAAUGCUAUUGAUUUUAGGAGGACUAUAAUGAGGAGGACGACAGACCCACUCACGAUCUACUAAAGGGAAAGUAGCUUCAGUGGUUCGAAUCCAAGUCGUGAGAUGGCAGUGACGGUGAGGAAAAGGCGUAGGUUGGCCUGCCUUUGGCUUGCUCUGGUCAUUAUGGCGAUUGAUGAUCCCUGAAACAAUAAGUCAGAGUCCCUUAAAAAACUCCCAGUGUAUAAAGGAAGGUGAAGGAGAAUGAAUAGUGAAACCCUCAUAAAUACCCCGAAAAAUAGACAGAGGAUAACAUUUCUUAAUAAAUGGUACGUCAGAGUUUAAUAAGGUUGUUACGGUUAAUCAGUAAUAGUCCUGAACAGUCAACUCUGUCUCAUUAAUCUUUCUUACAGGAGAGAGAGUAAAGGAAUUCCAGAAUCAGAAUACAGUUUACCUCCGGAAAUAAGGCAAGGAGAAAGAAAGAAAGAAAUAGGUUCCGUAAAGUAGUCAAGUAGUUCCCUUUCUUCAUAAGGAGUCGUGACUUUCAACACUUGAUGAAUAAGCAAGCAGGCAAGAGAAGAAUCAGAAUACAAUAGGUUACGGGGAAGUAGUUCAGGGAAUGAAUACAGGAAAGAAAAGCUGAAGGAGCGAACGAAGCUGUGAGACCGACAGGAGUGAGGUUCCGGCACUCUCAUUCUAGAACUGUAAAGAAAGCAGAAUGCAGCUCUCUCUUUUCGUCAGGUGUAGGUUCAGGAUAAUGACAUUAAUAGGAAAGGGCCGAAGCCAAGGGGAAGGAGAGAAGGAUCAUUCUUGCUGAGUCUCCUUUUGCUUACUCAAUCAACCUACUUACUCCCUUCUUCUCAGCCAACUGCUUUACCCAGUGAAAUCAGGGACAGUAGCUCAGGCAAUAGAAUUGGGAAACAAACCGACAGACCAGACAGGUUAAUGCGUUUACCCAGUUCAAGAAAGAAAGAAAGCAAGACAACAAGACAAGAAGAGGUUACGUACGGCCGGAGCAAGUUAAGAAGGAAGAAGAAAGGAAAGAACCAAACAACCAAGCUGUUUAGAGCCCAAGGAAGGAGCCGAGCCCAGGUGAUUCAGUUCAGGAGGUUACCGAGUAAAAGAAUACAGAAAAGAAAAGAAGAGGCGAAUGAGCUCAGCAACGAGACAAAUAACCGAUAGGGGGAGAGGGAGUCCAUUAAUUAGCUAAUGAACCCACUUGAGAAGAGAAGCUAGUCCAGUCCCCAGCCAGAAAGAAAGAAAAGGAGAAUGCCUCUGAGUAGAGUAGUUCUUUCUCUUUGACAGUGAAGGCAGAGGAAAGGGGUGUCGGGUUGGUUCGGCUUUCUCUUUUUUGUUUCUUCUUCUUUCCUUUCAUUCUCGUCAGGUUCAGCAGCUCAGCAAUGAGACCAUACAGAAUGGAUUCAGGUUCAUCAGCUAAUCUUUCAAGAUCAGGUUACGGUUGAGGAUCAAGACCCUCUUCUCAUCCAGCCUAUCCAUUUACCGAGGUUCAUCAGUAAUAGUCCAGGUAAAGAACUUAGAAAGAUCAGUAGAAUGAAUCGGCCCGGCCAGUUUACCCUGCCAAUCUGGUAAUAUCAUCAAAGGUUACAGAGAAGGAAUCGAGAGUCUGAUUUUCUUAGAGGGAGGGAGAGAGAGUCAAGUCAAUGAAUUAGUUUACCUCGUCUUUGAAGAAGGUAUAGGAGAAAGAAUCUUGUCCCCCGGAUUGUUGGUUCAGUCCAGCUAACUCAAUAAAUAAGGCAACAACGUCAUAUAGGUUCCCCGGAGAAUGCAUCUUGUCUUUCUCUGAUGAUUUAGAAUUGGUAAAGGAAUAUCUUAUUCUCUAGCUUUACCUUGUGAGAAAGAGUGAAAGAAAAGAGAGUGCUUUACCUCCUUCAAUAAAGUCAAGGAAUAGAGGUGAAUGAGCUCUCGUCUCAACCACUUCCUCUUUGACUGACUUCAUAGGGUUACGAGGUUCAGGUGACUGGGCUCAGCCAUGAAACCUUGUUGUAGAGGAGUCAAAGAAAGAAGGGACAGUCCGGUCGUAAACUCUCGCCCCAGUUUACUGUUCAAGAAUAAAUAGAAGUAGAAGUGAUUGAGCUUCUCUUUCAGUUUCUUAGCUUACCCUGAAAGAAGGUUACGGGUAAGGGGAAGUAGCGAAGGGAAGGAAUAGAGGUUCAGGAGUGAAACAACUCGACCAAAGGGAGAGGAGCGAAGCAAUGAAACCGUACGGUGAUUGAGCUUUGCAAUGAAACCGAGUUUACGAGGUGAAGGAUCUCUCUCAUAGGAAGAGAAUAAGGGGAAAGAAAGAGACCGUAAAAUAGCUUGACCUCGUUCUCGAAUAGUUAAUAGUUAAACCCUUGCCUUGUUUACGAGGUUCAUGAGUUCAAUCCGGUUCUGGUUCCGUCCGGAGAAAGAAUAUGCUUUACCGACUCUGGAAAGGUGAAAGAGUUUACCGAGUUUCCCAGUUAAAGAAGAAAGAAAUAGGGACAAGAGGACAAGUUAAGUUAUUGAGUAGUUCAGGAGCGAAGCGAACCAGCUUUACCUACAGGGGCAGGCAAUGCAAUUGGGAGACCAAGAGGGAUAGGAGCAUAGAGGUUACGGUUCAGGUUCUUCAUUCAAAUAGCUUUAACGAGUAAAAAAGAGUGAAGAAAAGGAGCAGAGCAACUCGACCGAGAGGGAGAGGAGCGGAGCAAUGAGACCAGAAAGAAUAAGCUCAGGAACGGGGCAACGAGAUCAAUACAAUAAAAUAAAGAAGGAGCGAAGCUGUGAAACCGAGAGGUGAAGGAGCGGAGAAGAGAAUGAAUCUUUUCUUUUGGCUUUCUCUUUGACAGUGAAGGAAGGGGAAGGAGCAAAGGACCUACAGAAAGAAGAAAUAGGAGAAUGACUCUUUCUUACAGGCAGGAGAGUGAGGGAAAGAACACCUAUUACUGAUUUUACCGACGGAAAGAGUGAAAUCAGGCAGAGGUUAACAAUCACUUCCUCAGAAUAACAAAGACUAAGGGAACAAACGGUUAGUCGAAUUCAUCCUUCUUGCUUGAGUGACGGAGAGGAAAGGAGAAAGAGCUGGUCCAGAAUAGGUUCAGUAGUUUACAGUUCAAGAAGGGAGAGGUGAAUGAGCUUGACCUUUCUUUACCUUACCUAGUGAAAGAGUGAAAUCAGUCCCAUGAAUCCUUGUUACAGGAGGGAGAGAGAGGAAAAGAGUCUUUGAAGGCCAGGCCAAUGCUGGGUUACUCUCAUCUUCUCUUCUUUAUCUGGGCUAAUAACUGAGACUUAAACUUAGUGCUGCCUGUGAGACCAAUACAAUAAAAUAAGGGAAUCCCACCUCCCUAGUGAAAGAGUGAAAGAAGGAUCAGGGUUAAGUAAGGGGCAGUAGUUCAGUAGAAAGAAUCUUGCGUUGAGUCUUUAACAGCUUACCUUGUUCAACCCUAGUGAAAGAAAGGCUAAUGCAGUUCAGUUGAGUCUUUCGUUUACUGGUCAGGGAGAGUCAAGUCAUUUCAUAUGCUUUCCCGAGUUCAAGACUGAGUUAAAGAAAGAAAUGGGGUCCUGGAGCUUUACCGCCUGAAAUAAGGGAAGGGCAGGGGAGAGAGGUUCGUUCCGGUUCAGUAGCUCAUGGAAUAGAGUCACAAAUCCAAUAAAAGGUCCUGUCCUAUCCUAAAGAGAGAGUGAAAGAGUAAGAUUCUCAAUAGGAGAAGGGGAGAGCCAUCUUUAGUCUUGACUUUCAGUUUCAGGAGAAAGAAGAGAUUCGAGACCAGAAGUUAAGUGUAGUAAAGUCCAGGCCAGGACAGAAGAGAAGAUGCUUUGCUUGACUUUAAUCUAUGUUACCUUGUUCAAGAGUGAAAGAAGUUGAAGGUUCCUGAAGGAGUGAAGGAGAAAGAACCAAGCAAGCAGUUCCGGAGUUUACUGUGAUAGAAGGUGAAGGAAAGAAGAAGAAGAAGAGACCGGCCAUAUGUCAAGUUCAGGUUACGGAGAAAGAACCCAUAGGAAAAGGGGCGAAGCCACGAGACGAGAAGAGGAGCCCGAGCAAGAAAGCCAGUUCCUUCCAACCCAGCCAGUCAGUUCCGGCCUGCCAGUUCCUUCUGAAUUCUGAAACUUGACAGUCGUAAAGCAUCCAUUAAAUAAUAAAUAAUUGAUCCUUACACGAAAAAGAGGGAAAGAAGGGACAAGUUCAGUAGUUAAGGAGACAGAAUAAAAGGAGUGUUUGAGUUCAAGCAAGCCAGUAAAGGAGAGAGAAAGGCUUUACCCAGUGAAAGAAAGAAAGAAAGAAAGUAAGAGAAUAAAUUAAAUAGGGACAAGUGAGUUAAGGAGAAAUCAUCCUUCUUACAGGCAG